AUGGACCAAAAACCGUUUAAAGUUGUCAUCGUGGGUGGCAGCAUUGCUGGACUCACUCUAGCGUUGAUGCUAGAGAGAAAUGGUAUUGAUUUCGUCAUCCUUGAAGCGUACGGCAGCAUUGCACCCCAGGCCGGGGCUAGUUUCGGCGUUUUGCCAAACGGCUUUCGCAUUCUGGACCAGUUGGGUUGUUACGAGUCGGUUCUGAAGAUGGCGGAAUAUCCAGUCGAUAAAUUCCACUUCCGAGAUUCCCAAGGACAACCAUUCUGGACCUUCGAUAACUUUAACGAGACUUCAGUCGGAAGACAUGGCUACCCUGUCGUUUUCCUCGACCGACGAAUGUUGAUAGAAGUCCUCUACGAAAAGAUCCAGGAUAAGUCCAAAGUGAUCACCUCUCAGCGGGUCCAGAGUAUUGAGAAUGGUACUUCGAGUGUAACGGUUACCACAACGACUGGCCAAAUCUACACCGGGAAUAUCGUGGUCGGAGCAGAUGGAAUCCAUUCCAAAGUGCGUCAAGAGAUGUGGAAAGCGGCCGAAAAGAUAGAUCCCACCUGGAUUGAUCCCACAGAGGAAUCUGGUAUGAAAAUCAAACCCGAAGCACUUGAGAAGUAUUGGCUAACUCUUGUGAAAGCACUGCCUGCAACCUACGCAUGCAUAUUCGGCAUCUCCAAAGGCGUGAAAGGGAUCGAGAAAGGUAUGCUGAACUCGGUGUUCAAUGAGCAUUACUCGUAUCUUGUGCCCAGCGGACCCGGAGAUCUCACCUACUGGUUUCUCGUGCGGAAUAUGGGGAAGACGUACUAUGGUGCAGAUAUUCCUCGGUUCACGAAGGAGGAAGAGGAGGCAUUUGCAACGGAACAUUUGAAUGACCAGAUCACUCCCACGCUUCAAUUUUCCGCUCUGUAUAAGAGCAAGAUCGCCUCGGCAUACAGCAGUCUGCCAGAAUACGUCUAUAAAAGAUGGCAUUUCCAGAGAACUAUGACUAUUGGCGAUGCCAGUCACAAAUUUGAGCCUUUGACAGGCCAGGGAGGCAAUAAUGCAAUGGAAACCGCCGCAUCCCUGACGAAUCAUCUCGUUGCUGCUCUCAGAGUCUGCCAGUCAGGGACGCUGUCGUCGGCAGAGAUCUCCAAAGUCUUUGAGAACGUUCAACAGCAGCGUGAACAGCGUGCGUGGGGAUUGGUCAAAGCAUCUCAUGCCAGGCAACGUCUGGACUGCCUGGAAACGCCCUUCAUAAAGUUCAUGGCAAGAUACGUGGUGCCGCGCUUUCCCAGAUCCGCUGUUCUCAGCAAAUGGAUCGACACGUAUUCUCCCGCAGUGUCCUUGGACAUGCUUCCAUUACCACAUAGGCCUCGAGAAAUUGCAUAUUUUGACGAGCGCUUCAGAGUACCGUCAUCUCGGGGCGUGGUAACAAUCUUGUUGUACGCUGCGUACUUCCUCUUAGCCUGGCUAGGCUAUCGCCAGCUCUCCACAGCAAUCAGAGAGAAUGGGACAAUGGGGUUGGUCCGCCAGGCAAUUCAGAACGACUCGGUUCUACUCCCAGGAGGAGUUGAAGCUCCCCUUCGCCAGGUGUACACAGGUCUCCGACCUGUUGACCUCAUCUUGAAGAUCUUGGUAACAAUAUUCCUGCCAGCGGUCUCCAACUUUUCUACACCGGAGCAGCCAUUGCAAGUUUUGUACUUCUUGGCCUCGAUGAUGCCAAUCAUCGCUGUCUGGACGGUGGAAGGGUUCCGACCAAGGAACAAAUGGACCCUUCUUGCCACUCCGAGUCUAUGGGCGGUUCUGUAUCAGUUGCGAGGUAUUGGGCUGAUCGCACCGCUCUAUUUCGCAUCGAGCACCUAUAUUUCCUCUGGGAUACCAUACUUCUCCCCAAGUACCCGCAAACUCCCUGAAUCCACCGCCCGAGCCAUACUGCCUGCACUGAUAUUGGGAUUCGUCGUACCUACAAUCAUGCUGUUCUUCCCAUUGGCCGAUGCGCUGAAUACGCGCCAGGUCUUCCUUGCGCUGUGGCAGCCUGCUCCGGUAUAUGUGGUUAUCUUGACUCAGAUAUUCUCCCGUAUCAUCAAUUCGAUCAGUUCGAACACACCGGCCAAAACUGACAGUGCAGCGGAGAGAGAAUCUAAUCGUGACAUCCCACACUUGCAAACCCUCUAUGCUGUCGCUGGUUGUAUAUCUGCUUGUUUCCAUGUGGCCAUGUUGCUGAGCUGGGCUGCUCUGGGCACCAACUUUAUCACUAGGGCGUUUAUUCCAUCCGAUGCCUUCGCACAGGUGUCAACACUUGCAGACGGUGUGUUCGUGUUCUUCCAGAACGACUUCCUGCUUUUUGCAGCGGCAACUCUCCUGUGGUGCCUCGCUAGCGUGUGGGAUCUAUACCGCCUUGGUGUUUCUAACGUUUCCUGGCAGAUGGCACUGGCUAGUUUGAUUCUGGGUUCUGCGGUAAUCGGACCGGGUGCCACUGUGGCAGCUGUGUGGUAUUGGCGGGAGGAGGUUAUGAGUCGGACAUCUUUCCGCCGGCAUGGUCCGGGUCUGUAG